AUACCGUAAUAUCUGGUUCCCGCUCUAUAUAUAAACCAAAUCCCACAAUCCCAACCAGGAAUCAAUUCACUUCCAACAAAUUCCAAUUUCAAUUUCCCUCCCCUCUCUCCCAAAAUGGAAACCUCUCAACAGCAGCAGCACCCGCUCUCAAUCGAGAGCUUCUCCUACAGCUGGCUCGCCGCCAACCUCAAACCCUCGCUGGAAACCUUACUUGACGCCGCCGACGAGUACUCGCCGGCUUCCAGUUACAUCGAGAUGGACCCGCGCAUGCCGCCGUCCAAGAGGUUCUUCCGUAGCUACUCCUCCUCCCACGAAUUCAACUUCGACUUCCCCGCCGAUCACUCGCCGCCGAUGAACCACGCCGACGAGCUCUUCGCCGACGGCUACCUCGUGCCUUUCUUCCUCCGCAAGGCGGCGAGUCACCGGGACCACCGCGACCACGAUUGUGAAGACGACUCAACGUCGAAUUCGGUUGCUUCAAGCCCCGACUCAACCGGCUCGACCAUCGAUGAUAGACCGGUUCGGUCGGGCCUGAAGAAAACGCGGCGGUGCUCGUCGUUUAGGCGGGUUGUGGAGAAGUACUUGGAGCUAAUUGGGCCGCUGUUGGGCAAGCUAUCGGGCCGCCGAGGUGGGCCCAGGAACCGGAGGUCAUUGAGCUCGAGGUCGGAAGGGAUGGUCAUGGAUAGUAGUAACAAGAACAAGAAGAAGUUGAUGAUGAAGAGAUGGCUGUCCUCCUCCGGCGAGUCGUCGCCGCGGCGGGUCAGCGCGGCGUAUUCGGAGGACGGCUGGCGGAGGUCGGCUUCGUCGUCAUGUGAUUCCGAGAGCUCGAUUCGAGAGGCCGUCCUUCAUUGUAAAAAAUCUUUUGGGAAAUGAUGGGAUUUUUGGAUGGAGAUGAAGUUUGGAAAUGACAAUGGAGGGGAAAUUAGCUAAAGGAGGAGAAAGGAACAAAUAAUGAGAUUGUCCAUAUUAUAAUAGACAGAAUUCACAUGGAGGAUUGGCUAGGCUGGAAAUGAGAGAGAUGUUUCUUCCACUUGUUUCUUGUUCUUCUUUCAUGUUAAUUGUUGUUGCUUCUUCUUCUUCUUUCUCUGUUGGUGCCCAGCUGGUGGUGGAGAUGAUAUGAGAGGUGUAAAUUUGUUGAUAAGAGAGGAAAGCUAGCCACAUGGUUUUUUUUUUUUUUGUAAUGGUGAGGAGAAAGGGGGAAACUAAUUAGUUAAUUAAUUAGAUUUAUGGAGGAAUUAUAUAUAUAAAAGAUGUUUUGUUCUUUCUUUAUUCUAUUGUGGUUGGUUCAUAUUAAUGUUUGUUUCCAUGGAGGGGAAGAGAGAGCAGGCAUGUCCACAGGCUUGAGAGUUGAGGGCCUCAUUUGCCUUGUUUUGUAACAUAGUUUAGUCGAUGAUAAUAUGAUGAUCGUUAUACUUAUUGGUUAUUAG